GUUUUGAUAAAAUUCCACUAAAAAGAUGUCGGACAACGUCUUAAAUCGCAAUUAUUCGGAGGAUGACGACACCAGGGAUGUGAUCGCUGCCACUGAGUCAAACAUUGCGAAUGAGGCCAGCAAGCGCAUCUGGCAGCCAACUGUCCAGGACGGCACCGCUGGCAUCUGGGAGCCACCGGAGAAGCCCCUGCCCGAUAUCGUGAGUGAACCUCUAAUGAGCGCCGAUGUCAAGGCUAUGCUUGCUUCUGCCUCGAAAUUUAUACGCGAAGUGGAGCGUUCUCUCUAUGCAGACAACAGCAAGGAUCCGGAAAGUAACUCCGAGGAGUACUUCAAGGCAGCCGAGAAUUAUUCGCUAUAUGGCGAUAGUUUCAUGGACUUUCCCAAGAACCCGAAUGAGCAGCCCGCAAAACCUCCGCCGGGGUUCGAGCCAAAGUCCAAUCCCGCCUCGGCAGUCUACCAAGGCAAUCAGGUUGCGGCAGUGGCUGGAGGAACCGGCGGGCAAGGCUACUCGGGGGUAAGUUCUGCUCAGGGAUCCACCUCCUCCGGCAUAGGCGGCUUUCCAUUGCCACUGCCGAAUGCGAAUCCGCAGAUGUCAAACCCAGCACCGCCAAUGCCUCAGCAGCAGCCCCCACAUCAAAUUUCGCCAGAGAUCAUUGCUAGAGCCAUAGCCGAGUUAACAGCUCUGGCUGGCGGUGGAACUCCCAUCGACACUGGAAUGUUAUUUCCGAAUGCCUCGCAGCUUCAGGCUCAGCAGCAGCUUCAGGCUCAGCAGCAGCUUCAGGCUCAGCAGCAGCUCCAAGCUCAGCAGCAGCUCCAAGCUCAGCAGCAGCUCCAGGCUCAGCAGCAACUUCGGGCUCAACAGCAACUUCGGGCUCAGCAGCAGCAGCAGCAGCAGCAGCAGCAGGCGGCCAAUCAAUUCCGUCAACGGCAGCAACGGCAGCUACAGGCCAAUCAGCUGCUCCAGCAGCAGCAACAGCAGCAGCAGCAGCAGCAACAGCAGCAGCAACAGGUGUCCAACCCUGCACUCGCUACUGCCGCCGUUAUGUAUGCCAAUCUCGAGCUGCAGACGCAGGUGAACUUGCGUCAAAUGCAAAUGCAAAGGCUGUGCCAACAGCAACAACAGCUGCCAGCACGUGGCAUCUAUGGGAAUAAUGGAAACGGGGCACAUUGCACACCGCCCAAAGAUCAUUCCUCGGGUGCUGGCCGCAACUAAGCGGGAGACGAUUUUCUUGGCACACAACAAAAUUUGCAAGUACUUCAGAAAUAUUUUAUACCAAACCUCGAAUGUAGAAUACAACCAACUUUCAGACUAAAA